AUGACAAAGAUACAAGAUCAGGUUAACGUGCCAAGUGUUCAGAAUAUCCAGAUUAUCCUCUUGGUUGCUAUCUAUGCACUGCGUUCACCCUCAGGAUCUAGUGUAUGGCAUUUGUGCGGUCUGAUGAUCAGGCAAUGUGUCGAACUAGGGCUUCACCGGCAAGUGGGAACAGAUCGGAUCACAGCCCAGGCGGACGAAUUUAAGAGGAGAUUAUUUUGGAGCAUUUAUCACCUGGAACGUAGAAUCGUCCUGGUACUGGGAAGACCGUUGGCCAUCAGCGAUGAUGAGAUCGACAUUCCAUUCCCCUGUGAGAAUUCCGACGACUCUUUCGAGGACAGCCCAGAUCCCGCAGAAAUCAGUCGUGGGUCGCGAGCAUUGGACCCCAAAAGCCGGCCAGGAGCGCCCUCAAUACCAGCCCGGAAUGACGUUCUGUUCCACAUUCAUAACAUUAUGCUGGAUCAACUCAAUGCGAAAAGUCGUCUCACCCUCUCCCGUCUCGCGAAGGUGGGGCACGGGACGACGAUCGAGCAAAAGAUUACGAAGCGAUUCCAGGAACUUGAGGACUGGAAAAACCGCAUAUUUGGUCUCUCCGCUGGGGGUGAUGGCUCGAUGGACUUGAUGUUGUCCACUUCCCGGACCCCUGUUCAGACCCCUGCGUCGCGGCUUCUCCUGCCCGAGGCCCAGCGUCUUGUGUUGCUGCUCAACUACCAUCGAGCUCGCCGAAUGCUCCUCCAGACAAUGCUCACCGAAGUCAAGUUGCCCAAUCGCGCAUUCCCGUUUUCUUCCUUUGCCAGGUCAUCGGGCGAAGUCUGUCAGCUCAACCGACGACUUCACCGUCUAGGAUCUGUGCCCUUCACCCUGCUCGAUCUGCACUCGGUGUUUGUGGCUGGCUUCUCGAUGAUCUACUGUGCGUGGUCGGAGCCAGGUCUCUACGACGCUGAAAUGGCGGCUGAUUUGGGCGCCUGCUCCACGGUGCUGUACUUGAUCGCCGAACAAUGGGGCGCAGGGGCGAAGAAAUACCGCGAUGCCUUCGAGUUGAUCAUGGGAAAGACGGCAGAGUAUAUCCCCAGUCUCAAGCGUUCCCAUGAGAGCAGCCAACCACCGCCGGUAUCCGUCCACUUCCAAUCACCACUUCGCGCACCAGUUACGGUCGACGACACCGUCCUUGGGGCUGAGUUGCCACAGCCGACCGCUCCUUACGACGUCGAGCGACGCAGGAAUGACGGUUGGAUGAAAGACAGCAUAGACGUCUGGCAGAUGAUGUCCGAGUUUGCCGAAAGCCAGGACGGUGAUUUGGAGUGUGACCCUGUGAACUUCCAAGAAAUCGAAGCCUUUCUGGAGGAAGAGGGCUUGGGAUGGUUCAACGGAGGCACAAGCUCGGGCUUCUGA